UUUUAAUCUAACAACAUUUCGCGCCAACUCUUGACGACGUGAUGUCGGCUGCUUUUCGAAGCGAUCCAAGUGGUGAGGCAAUUGAUAUUUUCAACGUCUCUCGUCGUUUCGUGCUAUAAAUUCGGUCAUUCCUUUAAAUCGUUAAAGAAUCUAGAAAGAAUUAAACGAUAAAGUUACGAGUUUAUAAAUUUUGCGUUUACAUUAAAUUGAAUAACAGAUUAUGGCAAUGGCUUCACGAAGCACAGAGGAAACACAGACAUCCAUACAAACAGAAACCACAUCUGAAAAACAGGAGGAAUCGACAGUGGUUCUAACUUUGAAGAAACCCCAGACGUCCAAGAAAGUGGGUUGGUCGCAGGACACGGUCGAUAACGAACAUCUAGGACGGAAGAAAUCUAAAUGUUGCUGUGUGUAUAAAAAGCCACACAAGUUUGGGGAGAGUUCUUCGGAGUCUGAAGAAGACGAGUGUGAUCACUGCAGUGGCCAUGUGGAGCACAAAAACUCCAAAGAAGCCACAUAACCGCUUUUUUCACACUUCCGAUCUCUCCUCAUGAUGCUCUUCAGUCUUCAACUUGUCUGCCUCUUGUCGACCAUCUCGUUGUGCCGUACAGUCACCUCCUACAUCAAGUAUACAUAAAUGCAAUUGAUUGUGGAAAAUGUAUUCAAUAUCAGUUAAUCCAAAAUAUUUUGAAGCUACAUUUUCUACUUACAAGCGCACCAAAUUUCUUUCUCAUUUUUCUCUCGUUUUGCUUAAUUCUGUCCAUAAUGUCAUCUUAAAUGUACAGUAAAAAUGUAAUUUUAAGACUCUUAUUCCAUCGGGUCGGUCCAAAUCCUACAGACUGCUAAGUUCUGCUCUUUUUUUUACAUUUACUGAAUAAACAAAUGCCCUGUCAUGAAGUAUGGACGAACGGGAAUUUGCCAAUAA